UGGCAAUAAUUCCUAAGUCAAAACAAACAUAACCCCAAAAAUGUGUUUUACAAUUAAAAAUGAGUCUAGCGUUUGUUUUUCGCCACUUAAAAUUAUCAACGAAACAAAUUCGCAAUUAUUGCGACUACCAACCCAAAGCUUUACGUAGUUUGAAGCCAAAGUCAACUCGGACAACAGUGCAAUUUUAUGUAGAUUCGUGUAGAGUACGAGCUGUAGCGGGAAAGGGUGGCGAUGGUUGCAUAUCUUUCCUGUCUUCAUGGUGCAAGGAAUAUGCUGGGCCUAAUGGGGGAGAUGGUGGGCAUGGAGGACACGUUAUAUUUCAGGCAACUCAUACAAAGAAAAGUUUAAAUCAUUGUUCUUCAGUCAUAACAGCUAAAGAUGGAGAGAAGGGAUACGAUAAAGACUGCAGUGGCAAGAAUGCCCAACAUGUUAUUAUAAGUGUACCUAUAGGUACUCUAAUAAGAGAUAGCAAUGGACGUGUGGUUUGUGACUUAGAACAAGAAGGAGCCAUGUUUAUUGCUGCUAGAGGUGGAGCUGGAGGCAGAGGAAAUAAGUUCUUUUUGACAGAUACAGAACAGGCUCCAAAUGUAGCUGAAUAUGGAGCCAUAGGUGAGACUGUCCAAUAUUUCCUGGAAGUACGAUCAAUGGCCCACGUGGGACUUAUAGGCUUCCCAAAUGCUGGAAAGAGUACUUUAUUACGAGCAGUGACAAGGGCAAGACCCACUGUAGCGCCAUACCCGUUUACUACACUAAGACCACACAUAGGAAUGAUACCAUAUGAUGAUUAUGAACAAGUAGCAAUCGCAGAUUUACCGGGACUCAUACCCGGUUCUCAUAAAAACAAGGGAUUAGGUAUACAAUUCUUACAACACAUUGAAAGAUGUAAGGGUCUAAUUUUUCUCCUAGAUGGAAGCAACGAUCCACUUGAACAAUAUAAAGCGUUGAACUACGAGCUCACUCAAUAUAACGUCAGUUUGAACGAAAGACAACGGUGUGUUGUCAUCAACAAAAUAGACCUCCCUGAAGUAAAAAAAACUCUCCCCAAAAUUAGGGAGAAAUUAGAUGUCAUUGGAAUUUCGGCGAAAACUGGGUUAAAUUUACAAGAAUUGUUAGGAAUUAUUAGGAAAAUGUAUGAUUCAGUAUAAAUAAAUUGAUUAUAUCUAGCAA